UGUAAAGAAAUGUUUUUUUAAAUUAACCUUUUUAUUUACUAUUUGAAUAAUUGGAUAUCGUCUAAGUUGAAAUUAUACAGUUUGUACAAUGGAGCGAGUUUCAAAAUCUCUUCCAUUGAUUCCAUUCGGAACAAGAACAAGAUCUGAACAUCAAAAAUACACGUCAGUGCCGACAGAACCUCUAAACAUUGACAAGGGGCAGCAUAAUGAGGAAACGAUGACAGUUAGUAAUGGUACAAAGAAAGCUUCCGUUGUUGCAAAGUCAAUCAAGAAGUUAGAAGAAGAUGACCCUCGACGUGCUAACAAAACAAGUGAGCUUCGAGCUUUAUCAGAUGAAAGCUAUGAGCUAGGAAAAGAACUACAGGAUGCAAUCGGUUAUCACCAAGACAUCAGUCUUACGCCGGACGAUAUUCUUAUAAAACUUGGAGGAUGCGGACUUUUCCAAUUCCUUUUGGCUUUCCUCAUACAAUUCAUGAAGAUUGUCGUUUGCUGGGGCAUGGGAGGUAAUGCCUUUUUUGCAUACGUUCCAAAAUGGCGGUGUUUGGAUUAUUAUGACGUCACCAGAAACGAUACAACAAACGGUGUAUUAGUACAUUUUAACACUUCCGCUUCAAGUUCAUACUCUGGACAGGACAAUAGAACCGAAGACUACUGGAAUAAGAAAUGUGACACAAUGUCUGGGGCAAAAUGUACCAAUUUUGAGUUUGAUGAUAGCAUUCACACCCUUGUUAGCGAGUUUGAUCUUGUCUGUGACAAAUCAUGGGUGACGGCCAGCAUUAUUUCAAUGCAAAUGAUCGGCAUGAUGGUUGGAUCGAUAGUGGUGGGCAACAUAUCAGAUUUGUUUGGAAGAAAGAAACCGUUCGUUCUCUCGAUGCUGAUACUGUGUGUGUUCCACCUCGUCUGUUACUUCUCCGUCAACUGGGUCAUGUUUGCCAUUGGCCGUAUUGGCGUAGGUGUGGGUUCGGCGUUCUUUUUGAGUAUCUACUGUAUUUUCCAAGGGGAAUAUACAUUAUCAAAAUGGCGGUCGACAACGAUCAGUUUUCCGUCUUGGGCUAUAGAGUUGUCUUUGUUCACACUGUGUGCUUGGUUACUUCAUGACUGGGAGCAUAUCACGCUGAUCAUAGCCUUGGGUUCGUUUGCCUUCCUUGGAUCAUGGUUUUUUCUUCCUGAGAGUUUUAGAUGGCUUAUAGCUAAGGACAGAGUUUCGGAUAUACAUGAUAUUACAAAACAGAUUGCAAAAUGGAAUAAGCGCCCAGUACCUAAUAAUGAUCAAAUCAUUAAAGCGUUUACUGUACCGGAAGAAGAACAUUCUAAAAAAUAUUCAAUACUGGUGCUUUUCCGGCAGAGGGCGCUUUUAAGAUUAACCGUUCCAUUAAUGACCGGCUGGUUUGCUCUUGGCGUCAUAGGGUACGGUAUAGGUUUUGGAAUCAAGAAACUGUCCGGAAAUUUGUUCCUGAACUUGUUCCUCUUUUCGGUCGUCUCUAUUCCAUCAAAAGUCAUAACCAUAUUUCUCCAGAACAGGAUUGGAAGAAAAUACACCACCAUACUGUCUUUUGCUUUGUGUUUGCUCGGCGGCACCGUAGUCGGGGUCAUUCAGUACAUUGAUACACCUUUUCAGGGAGGAUUAACCAAUGGGUUUGCCUUUGCAGCAAGCGCUGGUGUAGAUGGGGCUUGGGGCCCAAUGCAAACUCUUACAGUUGAAGUUUAUCCUACACUUGCAAGGAACACUGGCUUUGGAUUUUUAAGUACAUUGGCAAGACUCGGUGCUGUGGUAGGGCCUCAGCUUGUUUACUUGGAAGACUUUGCUCCCGGACUACUUUAUUUCGUCGUUGCCGGACUAGCGGCAUUGUCUAUUUUGUGUAUAUUUUGUUUACCAGAGACGAUGGACACAACUCUGCCGGACAAAAUUACAGACCAUCUUGAAGAUCAACGUAGAAAAGAGAAUGUAUCGUUUGAAAACAAAUACAAAUUAUAAAAAAACGAAGUAAAAAUGUAAAUGAAGUAUAAAUGUAUUACAUUGUAAUUAUACUCGUAUUAGAUUAAAGAAU